UGAGUGAUCGGCUGUUUGAGCGGUCAUUGCAUUGAACUCGCAUUCAGUGCUGUGUUUGUGAUCUGUGUUUGCAUUGAAUGGACACUGAAGUGCAGACAUCACCAAAGGACGAGAUGGACACCAAAGCGGGCGAACAACUCAUCCAAUGCUUGGAUAGACUCAAAGAGUCCAUUCGUGAGGACAACGAAGAGAAGGAACGGUUGAGACAACAGUUGGCGGCGAUGGACGACAACAAGGACUGGAAUCGUCACCAUUUGGAUCAACUGAGACAACAGCUCAUAGAACGACACAAAUGUAUAGACAUUCAGCAAAAAGCACUCCAAGAGUUCCAUCGACUCAAAGAGACAAACAAUGGUUUGGAAGAAGAGAUCAAACGAUUGAAAGAAACGCUGAAGAGUUGCGGCGAAUCGAGCGAAGAGUUGGUCCAACGGGUGACGAAUGAUAUGAAUUCACGACUCAAUGAAGCGAAAGAGAGUCUCGACUUAAAGGACAAAGAGAUCCAAGAGUUGAAGCUAACCAUGAGUUCCAAAGACAUAGCCAUCAAUCACUUGACGCGUGAAUUGAGUGAUAAUAAGUCGCAAAGCGAGCAAAAUAUGGCAGAAAUGCGCGAGUUGUACGAAACAAAGAUCCAGAGUUUGCACAAAGAGUUGGACCGUUCGGUGCAGAACUGUUUGGACGCCAACGACGAGAAGAUCAUUGAAGGCAUUGCACAGUGCCUGCGAUCCAUCGAUAAGACUAAAGAGGAAUACGAGACACGAGUCGCGAAACUGCAGAACGACAACAAAGAGCUGAACGAAAAGUAUUCGCAUUUAAGGCUCGAAUCGGAGGCCAGAAAAAUGACGAAUCGAUUC